AUGGCUGCUAGCUACCUUAUUGCCGGUGCAGCAGCCUCCUGCGACGAGACAGAGGGACUUGAGCUUUUCUGUUAUACAGACGCCGACAGUGUACCUCAGAACGUGAACGUGGCAGACAUUCAGUUCGUCGCGUCCUACCUACGAUCCUACGGGCAACAGACUCGAGACGGCCGUCAAUUUAUCAUGCUGGCCGCCGACACGCCCAACUGCGAAGAGUACACUCUCUACCAGCGCGGCAGCGUCCUCGCCCUAGGCAAGCAUCUCGACCCCACCGUGAACUCCAGCGUCUUGUUCACCGACAUUGCCAACACCAUUGAUGGUGGUACCGGCACUACCAAGACCAAGGCCAUCAUUGACUGCGCUGAGGCUGGCGGGUCCUUUGGCGUUGUCUACAAUGCCACCAAUGCUCAGUACAACACCACGACUUAUCUCUCCAAGGGGUACACCCCUGCGGGCAUCCUCGUUAAGAUCGUGAGUUCUGCAUAA